GUUGAAGUCUGUAAGCCGUAGCAAGCCACCCCGCUGGAUCGAUUGAGGACGUUGAUUGGGGUAAAGACAGCCGUCGUAUCCUUUCCUUUGCUAAAGUAUUAGACACAGAAAGCGGCAAGUCGCGGUAGAGUUAUCGGAAAGUAUUGGAGACAUGUUUCUACUUUUUCCUGGUCUCGGGCCAGAUGUGAUCCCUCGAGCUGCGAGAUCCCUUCCGGUCUCUUUUCGAAAUAAACAAACUCUGCGCUUGGAUCUAUCGUCUCAAACGACUUGUCUGCAACAUGAGGACCAUGUUUUUGCGGCAGAGCUCCCGCGCCGUUGGCCGGCACGAACUGUGGCGUCUUAGUCGGAGAGGACUGAGCAGGGUUGCGCCGACUACGACCUCCAUCAUAAACCCAUCUACGACUUCGUCGCCUACUCGCCCUCUUCCCGCAAACUCGAGGUCGUCUGCUCUAGCUCAACAGUCACCCUCUACGAGAAGAGCGUUCCAUGCCACGAGAGAUCUCCAAGUUAUUAAGCCGGUCCUCCUUGCCGAUAUUGGAGAGGGAAUCGUCGAGUGCGAAGUCAUCCAAUGGUUCGUCGAACCGGGCGCCCGAGUCGAGGAGUUCUCGCAGCUGUGUGAAGUCCAGAGUGACAAGGCUUCUGUUGAAAUUACUAGUCGCUUUGCCGGUGUAGUCAAAAAACUAUACUACGAAGCGGGCGAAAUGGCCAAGGUGGGAAAGCCCUUUGUUGAUAUCGACAUUGAGGCCGGUCCGGAGAGCAAGGGGGUGGAAGCUUUGACUCCGCCUGAGCCUGUUUCGACCUUGGAAGGACCGCAGGCAAUCAAGGGGGAGGCUAUCUCGACAUCUACACCACAAGCUGUUGCCCCUGAACUUAAACAGUCAUUUAUCGAGGCACCGUGGGCACGACAAACGCCAACAACACCCUCGCACGCGCCAGUGACGAAGCAGACGGGCAAGCACGCGUCGUUGGCAACUCCAGCUGUUAGGCACUUGGCGAGGGAGCUGAGCGUAGACAUCACUCAGAUACCUGGGACAGGCAAGGAUGGACGGGUGCUCAAGGAGGAUGUCUACAAGUUUGUACAAGCUAGGGACUCUGCGCCAACACUCUACCCAUCUGCUGCUACGCCAACCUCGCCAGGCGUGACCGCUGCUGCGGCUGCUGCUGCUGCUACCGCCGCGAGCGCGUUCUCCUCCCCAGACGCAACGAUACCCGGCCCUCAAAAGGAAACUCCGGUGCCUCUCACAAGGACGCAGGAGAUGAUGUUCAAGUCCAUGACGCGGUCACUAACCAUCCCACACUUCCUCUAUGCCGACGAAGUCGAUUUCACCCCCCUAGUCGAGUUGCGCACGCGCCUCAACCGGGUCCUCUCCAAGUCUGGCCUUCCCGAGGGCCAGGUCAGCAAACUGUCUUAUCUCCCCUUCAUCAUCAAGGCCGUUAGCAUGGCUCUUUACAAGUACCCCGUCCUCAAUGCUCGUGUCGAGCUCGAUAGUAACAGCAAUGGCAAGCCAUCCCUCGUCAUGCGCAGCCAGCACAACAUUGGUGUCGCAAUGGACACACCUUCCGGCUUGCUCGUGCCCGUCAUCAAGAACGUCGGAAGCCUCAACAUCCUGAGCAUUGCCGCCGAGCUGGCCCGCUUACAGUCUCUAGCCGUGGCCGGCAAGCUGUCGCCCCAGGACAUGUCUGGCGGUACGAUCACCGUCAGCAACAUUGGUAGCAUCGGCGGCACGUACCUGUCUCCGGUAAUAGUAGAUCGGGAGGUGGCCAUUCUCGGCAUCGGUCGCAUGCGUACUGUCCCGGCAUUCUCGACGGUGCCUGGGGAGGAAGACAAGAUUUUGCGAAGACAGAUUUGCAACUUCAGUUGGAGUGCUGACCACCGCGUGAUUGACGGGGCGACUAUGGCUAGGGCGGCGGACGUGGUGAGGACGAUUGUUGAGGAGCCUGAUGUUAUGGUUAUGCACCUCAGGUGAUGUUAUUUGGCAUUCGGUUGGAGAAAAUACACUAGUAAAGCUCGCAACCCAGCGUCUCCAGUUACUUUGUCUCUAUUUGCUUUUAUUAUCCGAGUACCCCUUAGCGCAUCAAUACUAUACACUGUAU